AUGGAAGCACUGGCGGCGAUGACACCGGAACAACGUCGAGCAGUGAUGGAAUGUAUGAAUGAAAUGGGCGAGAAAAAUUUGUUCGACGAUGACGAUCUAGUCGAUGAUCAUUCGUUCUGGAAUUUGCUAACCGAAAAGCUGCCAUUCAACCUGGAGUUUCUAUUUGGAUACGUCCUCACGUGCUGCUUUGAUCAGGUACUUCAGAAAAUUCCUCCGUGA